AUUUCAAUUAUACGGAAGUCGUUGUGCUUCGGCAAAAAAAAAAAAAAAAAAAAAAAAAAACCCCAUCUUAUAUACAUAUAUAAACAGUGUGGAAACUCCGAGAUUUUUUCACCCGUCGGAAUUCUUUCCUUACAAACGAUCUCGAUGUGCUCAAUAGCCAUGCCAGCCGAGGUGAUCCUGGGGCACAGUCCCCCGGUUUACAGCACGCUGCUUUAUCGACCCCUGGUGGUGUCGCCCCAGGUGACGACGAGGGCAGUUCCACCGAGGAUUCGGCCCUGCCUCUCGACCGGGUCCCUGCCCCUCGACAAUAUCCAGAACAACAACAAACAGAAGAAACGUGUCGUCUUCGCCGAUGAUCGUGGCCGGCCCCUUACCCAGGUAAAAUAUUUCGUCCGAGUAAUGUCGGAACCGAGCAACGUGCCGCCUUUGUGGAGCAGCGCUUACCUCGCCGGAGUGACCCGAGGUGUGAAGGUGGAGGCGACGCCGACGCCGUGGUCGCCGACGUUCCCCCAGCCGGCGAGCGACUACCUCGCCUUCCGCCGGAAGCUGGACCAGGAGGCUGUCAGCCUGGAGAACGUGAUAGUGCGAGAAGCGGAGGAGUGCCUGGUCGGUACGGUGAAGGUGAAGAACCUGGCCUACGACAAGGAAGUGAUAGUCAGGGCGAGCAGCGACGACUGGAUCUCCCACGAGGACGCCCACUGCAGUUACGUCUCGCAGCCGGGCGCGGCGCAGGCCGCCCUCGUCCUCUACGACACCUUCCGUUUCCGGUUGACCCUACCACCGCGGUCUGACAAGAUCGAGUUUUGCGUCUGCUAUCGGGUUGCCGGCGACGAGCACUGGGACAACAACGAGGGGAAGAAUUACGUCGUUAGAAAAAAGUCCGAGCCGCUGCAGCAAUCGGCGAAGGCGUCUAUGAUCUGCAACGGCGGCAGCGUCGGUGUGACGUCGUCGAUUAGUCAGACGAUGUCGUCCUCGCUCAACACGAGAAGUGACCCGAUACCGAUCAGCAACGGGAUAAUGAACACGAGUCGGGAGGAUUUGCGACUGAGGGACGCGACGAGGGCGAACAUGAGGGCCUGGAGCGAAUUCGCAUCGUGGAAUCACCUGGUGAACGAUUCGCCCUAUUGGUGAUGCCGACCGUUCUUCGACCUCCUCGCUUCGCUGCCCCCAGCCGAAACAAUAAACUUCAUUCCCAAUCACGCAACAUCGAACGAACAAUCGGAAAUACAAAUCUAGGAAAUUUACAAACGAAAAGAAAAGAGAAAAACAACA